AUGACACAUAUUACGAUACGAUUAGCUUCACCACCGGCGGGCACCAGGAGUGUAAGGGAGAUCAUUAGAAUAAAGACUCCCGAGAAGAUGUAUGGACUUGGUGAAAGUGUUUUAGUCGAGACAGAAGAGAAAGACUUAAACAACCUUGAUACCUCUGACGAGACUACGAAGUCGCCUCUGAUGAAUGGUAACUCUCAAACUUUACGCGCAGUUGGGGAUUUUUGCGCAAAUGGAGAAGAAAAUGGUGCGCUUGCAAACGGUAGAACCGAGACUGAAGAUCUAAACCGUUUGGCUACUCUGAAAAGCGUAGAAAAUAAGAGCGAAAGAGAUGAAACAGCUUUGAAAAAUGGAAGAAUAGAGGACACAGAUUUGCAAGCGCGUUGUGAAAGCUGUGGACGGCCUGUUGAACGUGACGAGUUUGAGUCAGAAUUAUACAUAACUCGGAAAGAUUUAGCUACAGUGCAAAGCCAGUUAGAGACGUUUAAAUCACGGCUUGAAGAGGAGCUUAUUGAGAGAUUUAAAUUAGAAGAAGAGUUGAAAUCUGAGUCUGAGGUGCAUGAAAAUGAAAUGAAGAUUUUGAAGGAGAAAAUUGCAAGUUUGGAGGAGAAUGAAUGCGAGAAAGCCAAACGAGUCGAAGAACUGGAAAGCACGAUUCUGGUUUACAAAGAAGAACAUGAAAAGGAAUGGGAGGAAGUAGAGAAUUUGCGGAAUUUUGUUGGUAAAUAUCAGAGUGAGGUUUGUAAGCUUAGAACGGAAGCAAACAUUGCAAAUGAUCAAGCGGUUGAAGCAAUUAAUGAAAUGGAAAUAUUGACAAAGAAAACUGAGAGAAGCGAACACGAGAAGGGUAAAUUAAGACAGCAGUUAAAGUCAGAGAUGGAAGGAUAUUGGAGGGAAGUCCGCGAAUUAAGAAAUGCCUUAGAAAACUGGGAAAGAAUGGACUCCGACAGGAAUAACCGCAUCCAGAUUUUAGAGAACGAAGUUGCGUCUUAUAAAGACCUAGUGAACGAACUUCGAGAGGACCUGAGUGAACGCAAUCACAAAACAAACGGAAAAGGUUCUCAGAUGGAAUCGAGCAAGGAUGAGCAUCUUUUGGUUCUCUGUCAUGAGUUGAACGAAAUUUUCAGAGAGCAUCUAAAUAGCCAAGGAAAAUUUUCCGAGUUGUCGUUCGUUCUUGCUGCCACGCAAAAGGAACUCGAAGAGGCGAGAAAUCGAAGCCAGGUCCAAAAUAUUGCGCUUCAAGAAUUUAAACAGAAGUACAAUGAUUUACAUGAUAGUAUGGUUGCUUUAACAGAAGAGAAUCGGCACUUAAGGAAUAGUCUGGAGAAAAAAUGCGCCGAUUUUAGAGACAUAAGGCGAAAGUUUCUUGUAUCUGAAACAGAGGUUUCAUGGCUUAAAGAAGCGUUAAAUAUUGUUGAUGAAGCCAAGAAAAAAUCCCUUUGUACCAGUGUUAUGGAAACUGCGAGUUAA